GCGGCGGCCGGGGGCUGCGGCGGCGCGGACCGGCGGGAUGGACAAGCUGAAGAAGGUGCUGAGCGGGCAGGACACCGAGGACCGGGGCGGCCUGGCCGAGGUGGCCGACGCCUCUUCGUUAAGCUGGAGUACCAGGAUCAAAGGCUUCGUUGCGUGCUUUGUUACCGGGAUUCUCUUCUCGCUGCUGGGUACUCUUCUGCUCUGGGUGCCGAGAAAGGGCCUGUACCUCUUUGCAGUGUUUUACACCUUUGGUAACAUCGCAUCGAUUGGGAGCACUGUCUUCCUCAUGGGGCCGAUGAAGCAGCUGCAGAGGAUGGUGGAGCCCACGCGUUUGGUGGCAACCAUCAUGGUGCUGCUGUGCUUUGCGCUCACCCUGUGCUCUGCCUUUUGGUGGCAUAACAAGGGCCUCGCCCUCAUCUUCUGCGUUCUGCAGUCUCUGGCCCUGACGUGGUACAGCCUUUCCUACAUACCUUUCGCAAGGGACGCCGUGAAGAAGUGUUUCUCCGCGUGCCUUGCGUAACCGGUUUCGCGGAGCGUUGGGAGACGCUGUGGACGAAGCCGGCGGACACUUCUGUAAAUGCCUUCGGACUCCCUUGCUCAAAGACAUGUGCCUUUCCUCUUUCGGCAGCGGGUUUGUGUCACCCGGACGUUUGUGGGUGGCUUUAGGAGGCAACCCUGUGUCCCCAGUCCCAAAUGUCUGUAGCACAGUAGGAGGGGUGGGUGCUGUAAUUCUGAAGGAUUCUUCCUCAUCACCCCUUUCUCUCCGGGUGGUGGUCCCCAAAUUCUCAUAAAUAAAAACCGCGUUAAGCAGCA